AUGGCAGCCACCGGGACUCAGACCACAGUUGAAAGCGCAAUUGAGAUUGCGGACUUGACGCAAGCCGGCGGCCCACAAGAUGGCGGUUCAACGGCAGAGACGGAGAGCCGUAGCCUCGACAAGUCGGUGUACUUGAAGCUCAUCAGCGCCAGCUUCUCCUUCUUCGUCGCUGGCGUGAAUGAUGGAGCUAUAGGGGCCUUGAUUCCUUACUUUAUUCGCGAGCACAACGUUAGCACCGCAAUAGUAUCGAGCGUCUAUGGCGCCAACUUCCUCGGCUGGCUCUUCGCCGCCUUUGCCAACACCCAUCUCUACCAGUACCUCAACCUCGGCGCCAUGCUCGCCCUCGGAGCCGCGUUCCAGAUCGCCGCUCACGCCCUCCGGUCCUGGGACCCUCCCUUCGGGCUCUUCGUCGUCACAUUUUGGGUCGUGAGCGUCGGCCAGGCCUUCCAGGACACGCACGCAAACUCAUGGGUUGCCGGCGCUGUCCCCAAGGGCGCGCACCGCUGGCUGGCGUUUAUCCACGCCAUGUACAUGGCGGGCUGCCUUGUUGGCCCGUUUGUCGCGACGGCCGUGGCUUCGGCGGGGGAGUUUUCGCGGUGGUACUUGUUCUAUACGUUUCCGUUGGGGCUGGGGGCUGUGAAUCUCGUACUGACGUGUGUUGCCUUUCGGGACACGCUUGGGCUUCGACGGAGGAGUUUUGCGAGCGACGAAGCUGUAUCGAGGAACAAGGAAGCGGCGCAGCUCAUCAAAAAGACAGCAUCAACGCCCAGCGUCUGGCUGCUCAGCCUCUUCUUCUUCUUCUACCUCGGCGCGGUGCUCACGGCGGGCGGCUGGGUCGUCGAGUAUCUGGUCAACGUGCGGCACGGCAAUCUUUCGCAGAUGGGAUACGUGCCUGCGGCAUCCAACGGCGGUGCGCUUCUGGGGCGGCUGCUGCUUGCUGAGCCGACGCACGGAUUUGGUGAGCGACGGAUGGUGUUUGUAUACAUUGUUGUGUCGAUCGGCCUCCAGCUCAUCUUCUGGCUGGUACCGAAUAUCAUUGCCGCCUCCAUCGCUGUCAGCUUCAUUGGCUUCUUCACCGGACCGUUGUUUCCAACCGGCAUCUCCCUUGGCUCCAAGCUGUUCCCAUCAGAAAUUCACUCCACCGCGCUGCCGCUAGUCUUUGUCUUUGCCCAGCUGGGAGGCUCCCUGUUUCCCAUCAUCACGGGCGUUGUCUCUGCCGAUGCCGGCGUCAAAGUGCUGCAGCCAAUGUUGAUUGCUCUCCUUGCGAUUACGGCGAUUAGCUGGCUGCUGGUGCCGGCUCCAAAGACAUCGAAUGCCGAGCUGCAUCAAGAGUAAUGA